AUGGUAUCCAUGAUAACGAGUACGGCAUGGGUACGCCGGGGGGUUGCGGCACAAUUUCCAGAAAAGUACGAACUAGACGAAGACGAAAUCAAUAGAAUUUCGGAAUUGGCACGCGUUCAGUUGGAGGAUGCGAAAACAGAUCUAAAAACCGCGCGCGAAGAGACACAAGAUGAUGAGAUGGAGAUUGGUGGAGAUGACAAUUCUAUUGAUGAGACUUUAUCAAAAAGCAAAAGCAAAAAAAAGGGUAAAGAGUCUAGUAAAAUGGAUAGCAGCACAGCACAGACUGGCACUAAUAGUGAUGUCUUAAAAGAAUAUGAUAUGGACCAUUACGACAGUGAUGCUGUAGAUGAGGACGGUGAGGAGGUCACAAUGUUUGGGAAUGUCAAAUCACUCGCAUACCACCAGCCACAUGAAGAAGACCCAUAUCUCGUCGUUCCCGAGGGAGAGGACGAGGAUGAUGAAAGAGAAGAACUACAGAUUAUGCCGUCUGACAACCUCAUACUCUCCGGCAAAGUGGAAGACGAAGUGGCUCAUUUAGAAGUCUAUGUGUACGAAGAUGCUGAAGACAACCUAUACGUACAUCAUGACAUCAUGCUGCCUGCCAUACCGUUGUGUCUGGAAUGGCUAGACAUUCCAGUUGGACGAGGGUCAGAGAACCGGUCACAUGGAAAUUUUGUGGCAGUGGGCACAAUGGAGCCAGACAUUGAGAUAUGGGAUCUUGACGUGGUGGAUUGCAUGUACCCAAAUGCUAUUCUAGGCCAAGGAGGUGAGGAAGAAAGUACGGAUAAAAAGUCGAAAAAGAAGAAGAAGAAAUCGAAAAAGGCCAACGACAGCUAUCACAUUGAUUCUGUACUGGCACUAGCGGCGAACAGACAGCACCGCAAUCUAUUGGCAUCUGGAUCGGCUGAUCAGACCGUCAAGCUAUGGGAUUUGAAUACUCUGAAAUGUGCAAAGUCAUACGCAAAUCAUAAGGAUAAGAUCUGUUCGUUGGACUGGCACCCCAAAGAAUCCACCAUCCUAUUGAGUGGAAGCUAUGACAAAACCAUCGUUGCAGCUGAUAUGAGAGCACCCGAGGCUAAAGCGGCCACCUUCCAAGUGGCCAGCGAUGUCGAGAACGUCCGAUGGGACCCGCAUGACCCCAAUUUCUUCUACGUUACGACGGACAACGGCAUUGUAUAUUGCCACGACAUCCGCAAAGCGUCGGCGAAUUCAGAAUCCAUCAAACCACUAUGGACGCUCCAGGCUCAUGACUCAUCAGUAUCGGCAUUCGACGUCCACCCUUACAUCCCAGGUUUCAUCGCCACGGGCUCAACAGACAAGUCAGUCAAAUUAUGGAACAUACAAGAUCACAAGCCCAGCAUGGUCGUCUCAAGGAAGCUGGAAGUGGGUAAGGUGUUCUCCACGACGUUUGCUCCAGACCAAGAGGUUAGCUUCCGUCUUGCUGUCGCGGGAAGCAAAGGAGUGGUGCAGGUCUGGGACACGUCAACCAAUGCGGCUGUCCGACGGGCAUUUGCUAGCCGUCUUGGCGCUGCAAUAGUGAUGAGUGAGGCCAAGGAGGAGCGGCUGGUGGGUGUCGCGCGGGACGAUGGCGGCGAUUCUGAUGACGAGGAGAUGAACGGUGGAGAAGGUCCAGCUGAUGCAGGGCAGGAUGGCUGGGAGUCUAUGGAUGAGGAUUAG